AUGGAGAAUGGCCUGAAGGCCCUGCGGAGCGUGGCCAGCCGGAACUGCCAGACCCCGGAGGGGAAACUGCGCCCCAAACAGCGGUCCCUCAGCAAGUCGGCACAGGCCAUCUGCUCGUACUACAGGAGGAAGAGUGAGUUCAGGCCGGAUGCCAGCCCCAAAGAAAGGACUUUCGUGUCGGAAGUGGAGGAGCUGCGGAAGAUGUUCCUCAGGCGUCCCGGCUGCCCGCAGUUCUGCACGCGGGCCACGUCCAUGUCCAGCUACGGUCUGGCUUCCACCAUCGCGUUGCCCGAGGUGUGCCUGGGCUCUGAGGCCUGGAAGACGGCCGAGGACGCGCUGUCCAGCCGGCAAGGCUCGAAGGCGGACGGGCCCUGUCUUCCCUUCAGUAAGAGCGCCUGCGAGUUCCACUACUUGCGGAAGACGAGCGAGCCCCAGCCGUGGAGCCCGGGCACCAGCAGCCCAGUCCUGGGGCAAAGCCACCUGAGGAAGCGGAUACCCUGGUACAUCUCGGUCAUCCAUGAAAAGGACCACUGCCUGUCCCUGCUGGGGGAGGAAGUCCAGCGCCUCUCCAAGCUGGAGGUGCAGGUGCAGCAGAAGGACGAGGAGAUCUUGGCGCUGCAGGAGGAGAGGGAGACCCUGAAGAAGCAGCUGAACUACCUCCUCAGACGCAAAGGCCAGGAGAUCAUGUACCAGGGCACGAAGGAGCAGCCCUCUGAGUUCCUGCCGAAGACACAGGGCAGGCUCAGCAUCCUGAAAACCUUCAGCCGGGAGGAGGAGGAGCUGCAGCGCUGGCGGCAGAUGCAGGAGGGGCUGGUCGUGACGGACAGAGCCAGGGACCUGGACGGCCACGGCGAGGAGGAGGAGGGCCGGGAAGUGGAGGAGGUGGGGCUGGAGCUGGACUCGGAAGAGGAGGCGCUGGCGGAGGAGGAGGCCAGCAGGAGAAACACCUGCCUCCUGGACGAGGCCUUCGAGGAGGAGCUGAUGGCGCAGCUGGAGGAGUACGAGCAGGUGAUCCAACAGUUCCAGUUCGAGCUCGAGAUCACCAGGACCAGGUGCUCCCUGGCAACAGGGGCCUGCAUAUCGUUACAACGGCAAGUGGACUACCAGGAGUCCCAGCUGCAGAAGGCCCACAGGGAAAACGAGCUGCUGCAGAAGGAGCUGUGGGAGCGGAAGUGUCAGAUUCAGGCCAUGAGUGACAAGUUCUCCAACCUCCAGGAAGAAAAGAAGCAAACCGAGAUGAUGGGGCUCAUCGAGAAGGACAACCUCCUCCUCCGACAGCAAGUGUGGGAGCUGGAGCGUGAACUCACGAAGCGGGAACACACCAUCGCCGAGUCGGAGGCCAAGGUCAGCCAGCUGCAGGCCCAGGUGGACCAGGGCCAGGACCACCUGCAGAGAUGGAAGCAGCUGCAGGAGGAGGCGCAGGACAAGGUGGAGCUGGUCCAGCAGGCGGAGCAGCAGGCCCGCGUGGCCCUGGAGAGCGCCCAGUCCAGGCUUGAAAGACUGAGGAACAAGAUCAUCCAAGCCACCUUCAGCACCUCAGGGAUCAAGUCCUUGGCCACCGAGAUCUCUGAUAACGACAUUCUGGAAGGCUUGCAGAGACUCAUCUCAGAGAGGUCCGACUACUACAAUCAGCUGAAGUACAAAGGGGUCAAAAUGCCUCCCCUGCAGCAACUGGAGAUUCUCUCCACCCUGACCAAGUCCAAGAAGGCGGUCUCCUCCAAGGCCUGCUCUGCAGCGAAGGCAGCGCAGCGAGGCCCCAGCCCCCGCAGGCAGCCCCAGGACGUGUGCGGUGGACAGAUGCAGGGGGCAUCAGCAGUGGCCCGCGUCCAGCUGGAACAGGCCCUGCUGGAAGCUGCGCUCGGGCGAGCUGUUACCAUGAAGGUCCUGGGCGUGGGCUUCUUCAUCCUGGGCUUUGUCGCUGUCCACUUCACAUACAAGUGCAAAGCCUCCGCCUUCGGGGGCAUCGCCGCCACCACUGCCGCGGGCCGCCUGCUGACACCGCCCAGUGGAGGUGUCCUGCCCACCGGGAAGCAGCGCUGUACCUGGAGACCUGCAUGUCCCCGAGACUCCUGCGGGCUCCUUCGCAGACGGGGUCGCAUCCCGCGGCUCCCGCGGCCCCGCCGGGCGCUCCCCCACUCAGACACGCCGCUGGAAGGUCCCCGCUUCUCCGGCCCCUCAGCGCCCAACAGCAACACUGAGACACUUACUGAGAAAACGCGCGUUUAUGAGCAGGCCGCCUCGCUGCGGGGUGGGAGCGCGAGGCCAGGCGCACACGCACGCUGCUCGCAGGACGCGCAGGACGCAGCGUGGCAGAGGCCUGUGCAGCCCGGCGAGACGUAG